CCGUCACAUCAUUGCAGCGCUUAAACUUAAAUCUAUAUGUUUAGGAGUCCCAUGAGUCAUCGAAUUACAAUGUACUCUAUUCUGACAUACGAGUUGGCUCGAGGUUUUAAAAAUAUUUGUUUUAAAAGUAAUAUUUGACUUUGUAUUAUUGCUUACGUGUUGUUUUUUCUUUUUAAUUUGGCGAAUUGAAAGAGCAGUGCUCAAAACGAUCAAGCCUAUAUAUAGAUAAUUCACAUGGUCACAGUUUUAAGAGCUAGGUGGUUUAACACCUGUCUUAAAUCUUCUUCAUUUGUUUGUAAAGGUGACAGACUAAUUUUAAACACAAACUACAGAAUGGAUAAGAACACUGCUAAAGCUAGGCCAUUAUCUGACAUGGCUAAAUUUAGGGAGAUCUUCAGCAAAGCUAAACAUAUUGUUGUGUUGACAGGGGCUGGUGUCAGUGCUGAAAGUGGUGUGCCAACGUUUAGAGGAGCGGGAGGCUUUUGGAGAAAAUGGCAAGCUCAGGAUCUUGCUACUCCUGAAGCUUUUAGCUCUAAUCCUUCCCUGGUUUGGGAGUUUUAUCAUUACAGAAGAGAAGUGAUGGCAAGCAAGAGCCCAAAUCCAGCACACACUGCAAUAGCUGACUGUGAAAAGAGACUCCAAAAACAGGGAAGAAAGCUUGUUGUUAUCACUCAAAAUAUUGAUGAGCUUCAUAAAGCUGCUGGAUCUGAAAACAUUAUAGAAUUGCAUGGAAAUCUUUUUACAACUCGAUGUACAAAAUGUAAAGAUGUUUCAAAAAAUAAAGAUAGUCCUAUAUGUCCUGCACUCGCUGGAAAAGGGGAGCCAAAUCCAAACAGUCCUGAUGCUAAUAUCCCUGUGGAACAACUUCCAAGAUGCAAGAAAAAUGGCUGCAACGGGUUGCUGAGACCUCAUGUAGUGUGGUUCCAUGAAAGUCUGGAUCCCACUGUUCUAUUGCAAGCUGAGUUGGAGCUCAACACCUGUGACCUUUGUCUUGUGGUUGGUACUUCAUCUGUAGUUUACCCUGCUGCCAUGUUUGCACCUCAAGUUGCUGCUAGAGGUGUGCCUGUUGCUGAAUUCAAUAUUGAAGAAACCCCAGCUACUCACUCUUUUGGGUUCAUGUUUAAGGGCCCUGCUGGACAGAAUGUACCAAUUGCUUUGGCACCUUGUGAAAAUGAACCCAAACAGUAAAGCUAUCAUCACUAGUUGUUAAGUGAAAUGUAUCAUAUGGGCACUAUUUAUUAGAUUAUUUCAAUAUUUUACCUGUAUAUGAAUCAAGAUAAUUGUAUAAAUAAUGGCAUGCAUUUUGUUUUCUUAACUUUAAAGCAGAAAAGAUACCAAAAUUGAAUACCAGAACAUUUAAGGUUUAAGAUAAAUGGUAUCCUGACAUUGUUUUUUACAAAAAUGUUAAGAACUGUGCUUUCUCUCAAAGUGGGUCGCAUUAACAUUUCUAUUAUCUUUAUUAUUUUUUUUAGAUUAUUUCAAUAAAAAUAUUGUAGUAAUUUACCUAUUAACAUUUUAACUGGAAAAUAUUUUUAUUGUGCACUGGUAAAUGUAUAACAUUUGUAUGUGUGUGUAUAUGUGUAUAUAUAUAUAUAUAUAUAUAUAUAUAUAUAUAUAUAUAUAUAUAUAUAUAUGUCAAGUAUGUAUAGAAAGGAUGACAAUAUAAAACUUUGCUCUAAGUGAGGUAGUUUCCUUUUUUUUAACAGGGGAUAUGGGAAAUGCCAAUAGGAGAGCGUAGUUGACAAUCCUGAUGCCUUUUAAUGCACAAUAGAUGUGCCAAAGAAAGGAGAAAAAAAUCAUGAUAGAAAAGAAUUUGUCCCAUUUAUAGAGUGAACCUAGCUACCCACUCCAUCAAAAUGAAUCACUUCAACAUACAAUUUAAACAUAGAAACCAUAAGAUACUUACUUACAACUUAAAAAAAGAUGUAUCCCUUAAUAAGUUUAAAUUUUAGAAAGAGGAACUUGCAAUUGGAUGUGAAAACAGAUACAAAAAUGGACUUCCAGUUAAAAAAAAAAUAUUCAGUUUUAGUCAAAAUGUAUGUAUAUGCCUUAAUACAUUUAUUGGAUUUUUAUGUAAGUCUUCUUUUUUUUUUUUUCCAAGUUAUUCAUAAUUGACAUGAUGACUCUUGUAUUAUUUAUAGCCUAUAUUUUGUUAAAUAAAUAAUAAUUAUAAAACCA